GAUAAGAUGUGUCUCAGAGCUGCCGCGUCUAUUCCGCGCAAGCUGAGAGAUCAGUUGAGUUGGAUGCGUCUUGAUGAGAUGUUACGCGCUAUUCGAAAUCGCAUUGACUCUUGUCAGAGCAAGAUUCGUGAUGAGCCCGAUGAUGUUUCCGGUAAUGCAAAUGAAAAUGAUGAGAAUCCCAAAAUACCUUGGUACUUUGCUAAUGGGUUUCUGCUCUUCUGGGGACUGCUCUUUUUCGCCGCGGUAUUACCAUUCUUCAACCGGUUGCCUACGGCUCUAACAAAUGAAGAUGUUAACAAGAACGAAUUCAUUGCCGAACUUGCGUACGAGAAUCUCUACACUCUCUCUAACAUUGGCACCAAAUUGACUGGCAGCAAAGAAAACGAGAUCAUCGCAGUCAAUUUUAUUCUUAAUGAAUUGAACAAAAUUGAAGAAAAUCUGCAUGAUGACUUUUUCGAUAUGGAAAUUGAUUUAUCGCAAGCGGCCGGUGUUUUCCCAUAUGCUACAAUGCUAAACGUCUACCAAGGCGUUCAAAACAUUGCUGUUAAAUUAUCUCCGAAGAAUAGCACAAGUCAAACCUAUCUCCUGGUCAACAGCCACUUCGACUCGAAGCCCUUUACACCGUCUGCCGGCGAUGCAGGAUUCAUGAUAGUGACGAUGCUGGAGGUCUUACGUGUCAUCGCCUCAACAAAGCAGCCAAUUGAGCAUCCGAUUGUCUUUCUCUUUAAUGGAGCUGAAGAAGGCAUGAUGCAAGCAUCUCAUGGCUUUGCCACUCAACAUAAAUGGGCUCCAUAUUGCAAAGCCGUUAUUAAUCUUGAUGCUGCUGGUAGUGGAGGUCGCGAAAUUCUAUUCCAAAGUGGUCCCAACAAUCCCUGGCUUGUAGAUUAUUACAAAAAGUACGCCAAACAUCCGUUCGCAACGACAAUGGCUGAGGAAAUUUUCCAAGCUGGAAUUAUUCCAUCGGAUACAGAUUUUCGGCAUUUCAAUUUGUAUGGUAAAAUUCCAGGGCUGGACUUGGCUCAAUGUUUUAAUGGAUAUGUCUACCAUACCAAAUAUGAUCUUAUCGAUGUAAUUCCUCGGGAGUCUCUGCAGAAUACCGGCGAUAAUGUGCUUAGUCUGGUUCGGGGAUUGGCCAAUGCAACUGAGUUAAGUGACAAAUCGGCACCCGUGAUGGGUCACGCAGUCUUCUUCGAUUUCCUUGGCCUUUACUUCAUCCAUUAUUCCGAGACCACAGGCAUUGUUUUGAACUUGGCCAUUGCCAUAGCUACCCUUAUUUUGAUUUCUGUUUCGAUAUGGCGCAUGGCAAAGGUCUCCAACGCAUCCGUUUCUCACGUGGCGUGCUGGUUUUCAGUGACCGUGAUCGUUCAGGUUAUUUCCUUUAUUCUCGGACUGCUCUUUCCUGCAGUAGUGGCAUGGUUUAUGGAUAGUUUGGGGCAAUCGCUGACUUACUUUAGCUCUCCGAUGCUGAUUAUUGGCCUGUUCGUGUGUCCCUCCCUGAUCGGCCUAAGUUUGCCUUUGGUCGUCUACUCUAGUAUACAUCGCAAUAAAAAGAUCUCCACCGCUUAUCAUAUUCAACUGGGAUUGCACAGCCACGCCGCCAUUCUGUCUCUUCUCGUCAUUUUUCUGACAGCCCUCGGCAUACGGUCAACAUAUGUUCUUGUAAUUCCCCUGAUUUUCUACUCACUGGCCCUGGCCAUCAACUUGUUGACCACGCUACACGAUCGUGGCUUUGCCUGGAUGGCUCUGCUCAAGGCAGGACAGCUAAUUCCUUUUCUAUGCAGCAGCUACAGCUUUUACAUAUUUAUUGUUGUACUGACGCCAAUGGGAGGACGUGCAGGUAGUGCCGCUAAUCGUGACGUAUUAAUUGCGGUGCUGACAGCAACUGGAACGAUUUUAUCGUUUGGGUUCUUGCUUCCGCUCAUCAAUAUUUUCCGACGCCCCAGUUUUGUAAUAUAUUCCUUGCUGGCAGUCACAGUUCUGGCUAUGAUCUUAGGCUGCUUCACGCCAAUCGGAUUCCCUUAUCGAGCAAAGACCAAUGGACAUCGGGUUGCUUAUCUGCAAGUGCGUAACAUAUUCUACGAGUACGAUGGCACACUCAGCAAGGACGAGUCCGGCUACUUGUUUAGUUUUCAGGAUCGCCGCGAAGAGAGGCCACUCCUGGGCACCAAGGUCAAUCUGACUGGGUUGGUUAGCAUUAAGUCCAAAUGCGAGACAGAAAUGAUGUGCGGCAUGCCUCUGUACGACUAUCGAUUCACUAAAAGUAGACUGCAAAGCAAGUGGUUACCACGAUCUGAGCCAAUUGUACCACCGGAAAUAAGAGGUCUGGAAUUGCUCAAUAAAACCAUACUAAAUGCUACCAAUGUUCGCUUUGAAUUCAACCUAACUGGACCCUCGCACAUGAGUUUGUUUAUCCAGCCCUACGAUAAUGUGAAGAUAAGCAACUGGUCGUUCAUUCCCAGCUAUCUUAAUAUGCCCCCGCCAUUCCACAUCUAUCUAACAUAUGGCAUUGACAAUUCUCCGUAUAAUUUCUUUGUGGAAGCAUCGAGCUUACACGGCGACUUGGGAUUUCCUCUAUUUCAAAUGGGAGUAUCUGCGCAUUUCAUUGGAAACGAAGGAGAUGCCCAAAGUGUGAAAUUCGCAUCUUCAUUUCCGUCCUACUCAAUUUUGGCCCAGUGGCCUGCAUUAUAUAAGCGUUAUGUGUUCUAAGUUAAAAUACUCGUAUGUGUUGUAAAUUCUCACAUAAAAAAAUCAAUACAAUGAG